AUGGCAACUAUUGCGGGUGUUGCAGGUGUGCAAUUCCAGAAAGGCAGCCAGUUCUGGGAGAACGACAAAUACCAGUAUGCGUCCUCUGCGCAUGGUAUGGACCAUGACAUGAAUCCGGCUCUCAUCGUACAAGCAACCAACAAAGAAGACAUCAAAGCCACUCUGAGUGCCAGCGAUAUGAAAGUUCUGCAAGCCUCGAAGCAGGAAGACGUUGACCUGGUGGAGCGAGCCACUGGCCAACUUCUUACCAAGGACGACAGGAGGGACUUCGUCUUCACGAGCGUCAGCCACAGUUUGAUGGAGUUCAAUACAUUUCUGGGCAAGAACAAGCUGUUCGUUCCUCACGGCCAAUGCUCGCACGUUCAUCUCGGUGGCCACGUCCACACAGGUGGUUAUGGUCAGCUUGGGCGCAGCUUUGGACUCUUCGGCGACCAUGUUUGGGCUUUCUGGACGAUCAAUGCUGAUAGCCAGGAGGUCUUCGUCACCAAAGGAAGCGAUCCCGAACUCUUCUGGGCCACUCUAGGUGGCAGUCCUGGCAACUUCGGUGUAACAACCCACGUUCUCCUCGAAGUUCACCGAGAUGCGCACUACAAAGGCUCUCUCGGCCUGAAAGCUAUGCAUCUAUACAACAAGAAGUCCGUUGCACGACUUGUAGGCAUGGUAGCCGAAAUGAGCGACAACCCAGACUUCCCACGCAACUACGACCUCUGCGUCAGCGUCCUCAGCGGCUCUUUCCCACUCUGCGCACUCUGGCCAGGCCUCGACUCCGAAAUCAAGGAAGAACAGCCCAGCAUCUUCGGCGAAGACAACAUGCUCGGCUGGCCCCGCAUCAUCGUAGUCUACGCCCAAUGGGUCCCCUUCAGCCCCACCGACAAGCCCGACAUGACAUGGUUCUCCCGCCUCCAAGACGGCGCCAUCCGCCUCUACCAAGAAGGAACCUUGCAGAAACCCAUGUCCGAGCUAACGCCCAUGUGGCUCUUCCGCGACGUGCGCGAAUUCGAUCUCCCCUAUGUUAAACGCACCUACCUCACCAAAUCCACGCCUCUGCAAAAGGACAACUGGGUCCCCUGGAUCACCUCCCGCAUCGACGAAAUCGUCGCCCCACUCGAUAACUACCUCUGUUUCUCCUGCCAAAUCCAGGCCUUCGGCGGGAAAAACAGCAUGUUCACCCGCAACGCCGACAAUGGCACGUCGUACAGCUGGCGGGACUCGACGAUGUGUUGUACCAUCGAUGCGUUCCACUGCAGUGGUCAUAAGCAGGCUGCUGAGGAUUGGCAGGCUGAGAAUGAUCAGGUGGGUGUGGGGCCUGGUGGGAUUUUUAGUAGGCAGGAUCGGAGGGUGUUGUGGGGGAGUUAUGGGAGAAGGGAGGGGGAGGAUGGGUUUGAUUUGGAUAGUGUUUGGGAGAGGUAUUAUGAUGACCGCGGGAAGUAUGAGAGGUUGAUGAGGGCGAGGGCGAAGGCGAAUCCGUAUGGGACUUUUACGCCGAAUUCGUUUUGUGUUAAGAGGGCGGCGUAG